AUGAAUUCCACUCCCCAGACCGAGAAUAAGUUUUCUAUUCGGUUUGUUAAUGCCAAAUCGAAAGAACGUGUUCUUAAACUCGUUGGAGAGAUGAAAGAGUGUUUCAAACCUGUCGAAACCCAUACAGAACUUAAAGCUUGUGAAAUUAUCGAUAAACUCACAGAAACUCCAGAAUUAUACCUUAAACAUCCUUCACUCGACUCAGUGAAGUCAUCUGACCAAGGAAUUCCUAUAGUUAAAGCUUCUUCAGCUCCAUUAAGACCAUUCCUUUUCCCAACUUAUCCUUCUGCAAUAUCUGAAGAUUAUAUGAUUCAAUCGACUCCAAAGUUUGCAGAGGAGAGACGUAAUUUCAUGAUAUCAAGCAGAGAAGAACAUCAACGUUUAUUAUUUGCCUUUCAAGACCGAUUAACUCGUGAACUUACAUCUGGAGACGAGCACUAUAUACCAUCUCCUUUCCAGACUGCAAUGGCUAAUAUUGCUUCAGAUCAGGACAUUCCUUCAUUUGCUAUCGACAAGCAGAGAAAAGAAACAAUUCAAACGCGAUUCAAUGCAUUACUUCGUAAAAGUCAAAAGCAGACUCAUACAGUUCUCGAAUUCCAAAAGCGUUGCGCAAAAUUAAUUCAAGACGAAGAACAGUUCCAUAUUUUACAAGAUAAGAAAGCUGGUAAGCCAGAGAAUGAAAUUAAAGAUCCAAAACCGCUUUCUAUUACUUUUCCAUUUUCAUUUUUAUCGGAUGGUUAA